AUGGAAUCACCGUCGAAUCACUACGCGCACGACGUAGAGCCCAGCAUCAUGCUCGACAUCGACGGACCCCCCAGCUCGCCCUUCCAAUCGCACGUUGAGAGCCGAAUGAUAAGUCAACAGUGGGAGUCGCGGCCAGAGACGGUGACAGAGGAGCGAACAAUGGACAUCUUCGCGACGCCAGCAAAGUCUGUGCAGUACUUCAGUCAGAUCGAUGUGAUGGAGGAUAAGGAGAACAUGCCACAGUCGGAGAGGAAGACAUCGAAGCUGGCCUCCUCUACCCACAAGAUGUCUGCGCCACGACCGACGACACCAGAGCGAACGCCGCUUCCAGCCGAUGACGAGCAUCUCGCACCCGCGACGGAGCAGAGGAGAGGCAGUAAGGAUUCUGACCUUAUGCCACCACCGCCGUCAACGCGAAGAACCCCCAAGCGUGCACCACUACGACCCUCCGAAAGCGCCGCGAACACACCUCGAGCACGACCUACUCCAAGCUGUGGCAAUUCCACCACCAGUCUCGAGCGAGUGGAGACCAACUCAACACCAAGCUCCACAUCAUUCCAAGCCGGCCUCGAUUUCCGCGCAUCGCAACUCUCACACGCUCCAACGCAGGACCACAGCGGCCUAGACGACACCUGCUUCAGCGCCUUCUCCGAGAUCCCAGAAAUGACCGUCUUCGCCAAACUCGGACAAAGCCCCACAAAGCGCAUGGAACAGACAACAAGCAACUCGCAACGAACACCAGGCAGGCAUGCCGAAGCCGCACCUCGAACGACCCACAAGCGCCCUUCUCCUUCGCGAUCUCCAUCUCCUACGCCUAGGCGGCAGAAGACUCCGGCGAAUCAUGAUGGUACCACCUUCUUGAUUGACUUCACGCAACAGAUGGACACGAUCGGCGGAUACAGCACCAAGUCACCGAGCAAGUCUAAUACACAGCCGGAUCUACUGAAGUACAUGAAUCAGCAGAGGUCGCCGCAUAAGAACAAUCGCUCCAGCUAUGCAACGCCGCGGAAGGAGAAUCCGAUCAUGAACCUUCUCGACUUUGAGCUGCCACCAGCGCCUACUCCUCGUAGCGUGCCCACGAUCACAGUCAGAGAGUUGGAGUCGUUGAAGUCAUCGUACCUCUCACAGAUCUCUUCGCUGAAAGCAACAUUGUCUGGACGAGAAGCCGAAGUCGAGAGCCUUAAGCGAGCAGUCGUGGACGCGGAACGACGGGUCGGCGAGGCACAAGAGAAUCUGCGGGAUGAGAAGAACAAGCGAGAAUGGGCAGAGCAAGAGAAGGCAGGUUGGGAGAGGCGUGGACAAGAAGUGGAGAACGUGCUUCAGAGUGUCAAAGAGGAGGUCAUGAAGGGUGAGGCCGAGAAGGAGGAUCUUCUACGAAAGAUGGACGACUGCGAACGUCGAGCUGAAAAUGCUGAAGCCCGCGCCAUGAAAGCUGAAGAGCGGUUCGCGGACGCUUUGGCUGCUAGGGCCAGCUCAGGUGACGGCGACGCUGCCGAUGUUGAGGAUCAAGUCCAGCGUCUUGUUGCGGCCCAAAUCGACUCGAAGAUUGAGGCUGUUAGCCGCGAGUUGCACACGGUCUACAAGGAGAAGCACGAGCGGAAGGUCGCCACUCUGAAGAAGAGCUACGAGGCACGAAGCGAGAAGAAGUGCGCCGAUCUGCAGCACCGUCUCUCUGAGCUGGAGAGGCAGAACGAAGAUCUGCUGGCCGCCAAGGAUGCCACCUUCUCUGGACCUGUGCCAGGUGCCUCGCCAAGCAAGGAGCAGAAGGAGCGAGAAGCACGGCUCAAAGCGGAGAUCGAAGAGCAACGCGCCUACCUGGCACGCAUCGAGUCCGAGAUGCAAGCUUCCCAGCAACAACAAGACCAACUAAUGCGCGAACUCGAGCAAGAACGCAUCGAAAAGGGCGAUCUCGUCGCCGCCGUAGACGAGAUGCUCGCCCUACAAGCCGAGCAGAAGUCAGCAGCUGGCGACCAAAGCGUUGUCGGCGACACCAGUGUGGUUGAAGACUUCCGCAAAUCUAUCAAAUCAAUCAGCAGACCAUCGGGUCUGCGCGCACCCGGUGGCGUUCCGACGAGUAGAAUGGCUCCUCCUACUGGUAUCGGUAGGGCGAGGACGGGGACCGCUGGCAAGUCGAGCAUUCUGUCCAAUAUUGAGAGGAUGGGACGUGCUGGUGGUGGGGCACCUGCUGCGCCUGCUGAGCAGGAUCCUGUGCCGAGGUGGUUUUAG